UUCAUUGGAUGCGCAUGCGUGAAACUGCACCUGACAUGCAUCGUGCAUGCACCUAAUAUACCCAUAUAAUAAAUUAAAAAUUAUACAUAUUAUAGCUUUACAAAAAAUACGUAUUAUAUAUAUAUAUAUAAAUCACUACAUAAAAUAUAUUAUGCGCAUUAAAAUUUACAUGUAUUAUUGUGUUAUAUACUUAAGGACAUGCGCAUAAUUAGCGCGGGAUACGAUACGAAUGACAUUUGUUUAUAACGGCUCCAUGCAAAAAUGUCGAGAAAUGGGAAUUGUUCUACCACUCGCUAUUGUGUAGUCGAUCGUGUUAUGUCACAGAUUUACUGAGUUUUAGUGAAAACCAAAGGAUGAAUUCUAAUUCGAUGGAGUUUGAUCCAUUGUACAUUCCCACAGGCCCCAUUGACGAACGAUCGAAAAAGAUAAUUAUCAAAACGUCGAAAUACAAGACUACCUCGUCGGACGAGGAGGAAGACGAGCCGAGGAGGAAGAAGCAGUGUACUGUAGUAACAGAUGAUGUGCAAGACAAGGACCAAAUUGGGACAAAACUCGAUAAGAUAUUAGAAAUGUUAGAGAAGAUAACAGAAAGCAACAUCUGUGAAAGGUUGACAGCGGUAGAAACAGAAUUAAAGACAAUGAAUGAACUCCUUCGCAAAAACUUGGAUAAGGAAAGUGCCAUUAAUGUUCAAAAGCCAGAAUGUCUGCCUCUCCAAACAAUACAAGAGGUAGACAAUUUUGAGAACUCUUCCAAAGAAGAAUACGAAAGUGUUGUAACGUAUUUUUCGGACGCAGGAGGAUAUAAUCUAAAAGUGGCAACCAGUGCCUGUUUUAGAGAGGCUAUUUCCGAUGACCUACUGUUCUCCUAUACAUGGUUUGGCACAGACGCGUGCCAACCACUGUAUAAAACAAAAAUUGUGCAGGCCAUUUACGAUGCAGCCUGCAAGAAUAAGACGUUUCCUAAGCCCACUCGCCCCGAGUUUCAAGAAGCGAUGCGAGUGGUGCUUAGAACGGCGAAGGAGCGAGCGCGGCACAAGAGGCACCGGCAACAACCCCAAUCCAAGCCCACGAACUAUUGGGACCAGGAAGAGCCAGGGGAUCAAGAACUUAAUAUGUGAAAAAUAGUACAUUUCAGUGCUCCAAACAGUAUUUUUCUGUGCUCCAAACAGCACUUUUCAGUGCUUCAAACUGCACUUUUCGGUGCUUCAAACAGCACUUUUCAGUGCUCCAAAACAGCACUUUUCAGUGCUACAGUAGUUUAAAUAAUUUUUACGCAAGUUGCAACGUUCAAUAAACAACUUUAUGAACCCUUGCGACAUCGGUGCGAUAAUUAAAUAUAGAUUUAAUUUAUUUUCAAUUUAAA